UCGCCCAUAAGGUCCCUUAUCUUAUGGUUGUCACAUAUUAUUUUAUGUGGCCUAAACUUGUCCUUGACCCCCAAAUCAGGUGGAUCAUUUUGCUGUUGUGUGAGUUUUUACCUUCAUUGACCAUGUCGGCAGAAUUCCAGUACGAUGAGGCGUUUGAUGUCACUGACGACGUGAAAAGGGUCUAUGAUGAACAUGGCUAUAUUCUUAUCAGAGGGCUUUUGGACUCUGAGGAAACGGCACAUCUGAAGAAGUCCGUGGAAGAAUCGGAUGCAUUUACCACGCAUUCACAAGGGGUUUCAGACGGUGACGACAGGUCAAGCAAACUGGCCAUAUGGCGUCAUCCCGGAAAUGACGUCACAGGAAUGGUCACGCGGUGUGAUAAAGUUGCCGGGUUCAGUGACAAGCUGCUGGGAGGGGAAAGCUACAUCUAUCACUGCAAGCUGAUGAUGAAGGAGCCCCUGACUGGAGGCAAGUUCCUGUGGCAUCAAGACUAUGGCUACUGGUACAAAAACUGCUGCCUAUUUCCUGACAUGCUCAGUGUCUUCCUUCCGGUUGACCGUUCUGUGAAAGAAAAUGGCUGCCUAGAAAUCCUGGAGGGGUCUCAUCGAUGUGGGCGUGUCGAGCAUCUGAUGGUGGGGGGCCAGACGGGUGCUGAUGUUGAGAGGGUUGCGGAAAUCAGGAAGAAGUGCACGCACAGAUAUGUGGAGAUGGAACCAGGUGACGCCCUCUUCUUCCACUGCAACCUUCUACACAGCAGCGGCAUCAACAACAGCAACAUGAGACGCUGGGUGCUCAUCUGUGCCUUCAACAAGGCCACCAACAACCCGGUGUAUGAACACGAGUACCCGCAGUACACUAAACUGAACAAGGUAUGAACACGAGUACCCGCAGUACACUAAGCUGAACAAGGUAUGAACACGAGUACCCGCAGUACACUAAGCUGAACAAGGUAUGAACACGAGUACCCACAGUACACUAAGCUGAACAAGGUAUGACACAAGUACCCGCAGUACUCUAAGCUGAACAAGGUAUGAACACGAGUACCCGCAGUACACUAAGCUGAACAAGGUAUGACACAAGUACCCACAGUACACUAAGCUGAACAAGGUAUGAACACGAGUACUCGCAGUACACUAAGCUGAACAAGGUAUGAACACGAGUACCCACAGUACACUAAACUGAACAAGGUAUGAACACGAGUACCCACAGUACACUAAGCUGAACAAGGUAUGAACACGAGUACCCGCAGUACACUAAGCUGAACAAGGUAUGAACACGAGUACCCACAGUACACUAAGCUGAACAAGGUAUGACACAAGUACCCGCAGUACUCUAAGCUGAACAAGGUAUGAACACGGGUACCCGCAGUACACUAAACUGAACAAGGUAUGAACAGGGGUACCCGCAGUACACUAAGCUGAACAAGGUAUGAACACGAGUACCCACAGUACACUAAGCUGAACAAGGUA